CCUGUUCACACUGAAAUGGAUCGGUCUCGGACAAACCCCCAACAAGGAGGAGCUCCCCAGUAUUCACUACCUGUUGGGACCCCCAGACAGGGUGCUGUUCCCGUUUUGGAGAGGGGCAUUAUUAGUGGAGAUAACGUUCAAUUUGGGAGACUGCGGCGCCGCACACGUUUAUCCCAGUCAGAAAGUCAGAGCUCUGGGGCUGAAGAGGAGUGGCUCAGCUCCUCCCUGGAGGCCGGCGGCUCCUACGGCAGAAGCCCCGUCCUCCAGGGAAUGCAGGCAGAGCAGGUCUGGUACAACCGCAGCACCUAUGAGCAAGCAGAGGGCAGCUACCAACGCCGGCUCGCCUCCGGUGGCAACGGGCCACUGUCCUCGUCUCCCAGGAGCCCGAACGCUAGAGGCCACUUGACCUUCCACUCCAAGCGAACCCACGGUCAAGAGCAGAACCCGUCUCACACUGUGACCACCGUGAAGUCCUCCGGUACCCCCCAUCGGCAGAUCAGCAGGGGUCGCUACCGCACGUCCUCUGAGAACGAACAGAGAGGCAAAGGCAGCAGAGGGCCGACCCCAAGGAAGAGAGGACUGUCUGAGACGGAAAGCAGGCCCAGAUGGGACAAUACCAACAUGAGCGGACUGCAGUGCCUUGCCACGGAGAACAUCUGGUUCGACAAACAGCGCUACGAUGAAGCAGAGAGGCGUUUCUACGAGGGAGCCAAUGGUCCUGCCGUUCAGCAGCAACAGGACAGAGAAGCUAAUGCCAUCCUGCAGGACAUUGCUAAGUCUCGACAGAAUAUCCAGAAGUCCCUAGACAGAGUGAAAACAGCCCUGCAGCAGGCCAAAGGGAAACAGAAGCGCCAGCACAGAAACUCAUCCUCACAUGGAGGAGGAGACCAGGAGUUGAUUACACGCAUGAAGAGCUUGGAACUGGAGAACCAGACUCUGCACAAAGUGGUGGAGAACAUGCGGGCAGCCCUGGAGAAGCUGGAGUCCAGAGUGGCAAUGCUCGAAAAGACCCCCGCGUCAGCAGCUGUCCCAUGUGCCAAGGCUGCUCCAGUUCAGCAGGCAAAGGUGACGAAUGGCGGUGGCGAUAAGGCAGAUGAUGACGACUUUGACCUGUUUGGUAGUGAUGAAGAAGAUGAGGAGGCAGAACGCAUCAAGCAGGAACGUGUGGAAAUGUAUGCAGCCAAGAAGGCCAAGAAACCUGCCCUUAUCGCCAAAUCAUCCAUCCUGUUGGAUGUUAAGCCGUGGGACGAUGAGACAGACAUGGUACAGCUGGAGCAGUGUGUGCGCUCGGUGCAGAUGGACGGGCUCCUGUGGGGCGCCUCCAAACUGGUCCCAGUCGGUUACGGCAUCAAGAAGCUGCAGAUCAACUGUGUGGUCGAGGACGACAAAGUGGGUACAGACAUUCUGGAGGAAGAGAUCACCAAAUUUGAGGACUACGUCCAGAGUGUAGAUGUCGCUGCCUUCAACAAGAUCUAAGCGCUACCUCCUCACCUGCACCAAAGUGUUGCUGCUGCUCUCGGCUUUGCAAGAUUAAUAAAUUGCUAAGUAUUGAGCACAAA